GACAGCGACGGAAUUUUCGGUCGGGAGGAGUGACGACAUUUUGUCAAUAAAUUGUUAAUUUAGCUCCAUUCAAUUGGCAAAUUUUCGUAGUAAGUAGUGUUAAAAAGCCAUAAAAAUGGCAGACAAUGAGCAGAAAGCGAUGCAGUUGAUAGCAGAGGCGGAGAAAAAGUUAAAUUCGUCGAAAUCCUUCCUCGGUUCACUAUUCGGAGGAUCGUCGAAAUUAGAAGAGGCAGUGGACUGCUACCUGAGGGCAGCAAAUCUUUUUAAAAUGGCCAAGAAAUGGCCUCAAGCAGGUCAGGCCUUUUGCACUGCCGCGCAACUUCAUUUGAAGGCUGGCGUUCGUCACGACGCUGCCACUAACUUUGUCGAUGCCUCCAAUUGUUACAAGAAAGCUGAUCCUAAUGAGGCGGUCUCGUGUUUGCUGAAGGCGAUCGAAAUCUACACCGACAUGGGACGGUUCACCGUAGCCGCGAAACAGCAUCAGAACAUAGCAGAGCUAUACGAGACGGAAUGCGUUGACCUAGCGCGAGCCAUGCAACACUACGAACAAGCGGCUGACUACUUCCGAGGCGAGGAGUCCACGUCCUCAGCUAACAAAUGUAUGCUGAAACUAGCGCAGUAUGCCGCGCAACUCGAGCACUAUGACAAGGCCAUACAGAUCUACGAGCAGAUUGCCAAGUCUUCUCUCGACAACAGCCUGCUUAAAUACAGUGCUAAGGAGUAUAUGUUCCGCGCCGCGCUUUGUCACCUCUGCGUUGAUAUAUUGAACGCUCAACACGCCUUGGAUAAAUACUGUGGACUUUAUCCCGCCUUCGCUGAUACUAGGGAGUGUAAACUCGUCAAGGAGCUAAUCGAACAUCUCGAAGAACAGAACAUAGACGCGUUCACCGAAGCGGUGAAAACCUACGACAGUAUAUCUCGCCUCGACCAGUGGUAUACAACUAUGCUUGUUCGCAUCAAGAAACAAAUCAACGACAAUCCUGACCUCCGUUGAAUUAAACACGCCCUGCCACCCGUCUCUGAGUUAUGUAUCUAUUGAUGGUAAUAUAAAUCUACAUAUUAGUUUAAAUUUUCCAAUAAAAAUUCUAUCAUUUUAAAUGUUCAACUGUCGAAACGAUAUAAUGCCAUCCUCAUUCUAAGUAGUUUAUAGGCCCCGAUUUGAAAUUUCAAAAGUUAAAAGAUAUCUUAAAUUAUUA